AUCCUCAUUACUAUAAGAAGGAGCGCGAGAAUGAUUUUCAAAUUCCUCUAUUUUCACUUCGAACGGCUAUUUCCAUUUCCCCCUUAUUUCUUUUUCUUCUUCUAUUUCUUUUCUUUCAUUCUCUCUUCUUUCUCUUCAAAUUCAACACACACUACUUCGACCUAAACCCUUCUUUUCAAUGGCAUCCAACCAAUUCGGCUUCACAAGAUCCAAUUCGGGUCAGAAACUUCGGGUCAUAGCAAAAAUCCGUGGCUUUUCGGAUCAAGAUACCAAUAUCGGAACUGUAGAUUGGGUUUCGGUUAACACAGAAAAUUCAGGGGAUGUUACUAUCUCCUUUAAAGAACAAUCUUCUAGUCAGUAUUCAGUUGACUAUUGCUAUAAGGAACAUGAAGAUAAUGAAAUUAUCUAUUCAAGGGAGGUGAAGCCUCUUGUUUCAGCAGCUUUUGAAGGAAUUAACAGCACUGUUAUUGCUCAUGGAGCUAGAGGCAGUGGGAAAACUCAAUUACUUCAGGGCUCUUAUGAAAGACCGGGUUUGGCAUUGUUCGCUAUUUCUGAGUUUCUCUCUAUGGCUGAGAAAAAUGGGAAAUCUAUAGCAGUUUCUUUCUAUGAAGUAGAUCAUCAGGACCAUGCUGUUGAUUUAUUAAAUCCAGAACACCCUCCAAUUUUGGUGCUUGAAGAUCACGGAAGAAUUCAGUUUAAAGGACUUACUCAGACUCCUGUGAAAUCCAUUGCUGAAUUUCAAAAUAUAUCCAUCACAGCAUGUUCUUCACACAAGGCUGCACCCCAAAAAGGCUUUGAGCGUGUUCGUAGGAGCCACAUGGGAUUAAUUGUGCAUGUCUUUUCCCAGAAUGAAACCGUAGAUGGUGUUGUGAGCAAAAUGAGUUUUGUAGAUAUGGCAGGUUAUGAAGAUGCUAGAAGGAAAAGUAGUGAUGCCUUUGGUCAUGUUGAGAAUAAACAAAUUAAUAAGUCAAUUCACACCUUAUUGAAUGUUUGUCAUGCUUUGAGCACAAAUGAAAAUCGUGUUCCUUUCCGGGAAAGUAAACUGACAGGCAUGUUGCAGGACUCCUUGAGGGGAAAUAGCAAAAUUUUGUUGGUUUCAUGCUUGAACCCAUCAUUUUGCCAAGACACUGUUUACAUGGUCAGCUUAGCAUCACGGUCUCGAACCCACUUAGACUCCACGAAGAAAACUGCAAGUUCAACCAGACCGACCACUACCUUGGAUUCCAUAAAGAAAAGUGCAGGUUCAGUAAGACAGAUAGUGGCCUCAGAUUCCACAAAAGAAAGUGCAAGUUCAGUAAGACAGACAGUGGCCUCAGAAUCGUCAAAGAACAGUGCAAGUUCAGUAAGACAGACAGUGGCCUCAGCUUACUCGAAGAAAAAUUUGAGUUCAGGACAGACAGUAACAUUAGAUUCCACAAAGAGAAGCGAAAGUUCAGUAAGACAGACAGUGGCCUCAGAUUCCUCAAUGAAAAAUGCAAAUUCAGUAAGACAGACAGUAACCUUAGAUUCUACAAAGAGAAGUGAAAGUUCAGUAAGACAGACAGUGGCCUCAGAUUCCUCAAAGAAAAGUGCGAGUUCAGUAAGACAGACAGUAAACUUAGAUUCCACAAAGAUAAGUGAAAGUUCAGUAAGACAAACAGUGGCCUCAGAUACCUCAAAGAAAAGUGCAAGUUCAGUAAGACCGACAGUAACCUUAGAUUCCACAAAGAAAACUGAAGGUUCACUAAGACAGACAGCGGCCUCGGAUUCCUCAAAGAAAACUGCAAGUUCAGUAAGACAGACAGUAACCUCAGAUUCCACAAAGAGGAGUGAAAGUUCAGUAAGACAGACAGUGGCCUCAGAUUCCUCAAAGAAAAGUGCGAGUUCAGUAAGACAGACAGUAAACUUAGAUUCCACAAAGAGAAGUGAAAGUUCAGUAAAACAUACAGUGGCCUCAGAUACCUCAAAGAAAGGUGCAAGUUCGGUAAGACAGACAGUAACCUUAGAUUCCACAAAGAGAAGUGAAAGUUCACUAAGACAGACAGCGGUCUCAGAUUCCUCGAAGAAAAGUGUGAGUUCAGUAAGACAGAGAGUAACCUUAGAUUCCGCGAAGAAAAGUGCAAGCUCAGCAAGACAGACAGUGGCCUUAGAUUCCACAAAGAAAAGUGCAAGUUCAGCAAUACAGACAGUGACUUAUCGCAAAAACAAGGUACCCAAAAAUGUAUCAGCAACAGCAAAGAAAUUACCAGGUUCCAUAUCUCAUACAUAUGAAAAUAAAGUUGAUGUUGCUACAAAGACUGAAAUAAAAGGAAGGAAAUUGUUUGACGAAGCCAGCCACUCUGCUACUAAAGCUGAGAAGGAAAUUUCCAUUGCCAAUGCUAGCAUAGCAUUAGAGCCUUUAUUGGACAAUUCAUUAUCAGAAGAUGGAAAUCAUGUUGAACUAAACUCUGGAGUUGAAAAGGGCAACUCACUUACAGAUGCUAGUAAUAAUAUCAAACUCAGUAUGUCGGAACAAAAUGAUGACUCAUCUUUGAAUGCUAGCAGUGAAGUAGAACUUGAUCCCAUAGUGGAAAAGGGUAUUUCUGAGGACAAAGAGGAUAUAUAUACUUCUUAUGCCAUUAAUUACUCCAAAGAUUUGUCGAUAGCUGAUGAAGGUCAUAACAUGAACAAGGAGAACAACAACUUCAUGGAAAAUGGAGAUUUUUCACCACCUAUUAGUUCUCAAUUGCGUGAACUUCAAUCUCUCUUUUCUUCAACUCCAUUAUGCAUGGAGUUACCAGAGAAAGGAUGUAUUUCACUUGUUGAUGAUCAGAUUUCUACUAAAAUUGCAGAACCAAGAACCCCUGAUAUUGAAAAACAAGAUGUAAUGAAUACCAAAAGUCCUUGGGAAAUACUCAACGGUUCUGAAAAACAAGAUGUAAUGAAUACCAAAAGUCCUUGGGAAACAUUCAACAUCAUGCAUGGCUCUGGAAUGGAGAAUUCUACUGAAAUUAAAGAACCAAGAACUCCUGACAUCGAAAGACGAGAUGUAAUGAAUACCAAAAGUCCAUGGGAAACAUUCAACGUGCAUGGUUCUGGAAUGAAGAAUUCUCUUGUUAAGGACUACCUUAGAAUUUUAAACACAGCUGAAAAGGAUGAAUUAAAGAAGUUAAAGGGAAUUGGAGAGAAGAGAGCAACCUAUAUACUUGAGCUCCGUGAAGAAUCUCCAGAACCUUUCAAGAGUCUUGAUGAUUUGAAGGACAUUGGACUUUCAGAAAAACAGAUUAAGGGAAUGAUGAAGAAGGAAAUUGGAGAGCUUUUCAAUUAGUUCUAAUGGCAUUAUUAUUGAAUGAUUGUAUUAUUAUAUUAGUAAUGUAAUUUAUGCUGGCAACCUAAAGUUGCAUGAGUUGUGUACCAUUUAGAUUUAGAUUUAGAUAUAAACAACACAAGGUGAUGGUAUCAUCUUUUCAAAGUGUCCUUUAAUGUAUGGGUAUUGUUGUAAUUUGAUUUUUGUAUUUUUUUUUUUAAAUUGUUUAUUUCAUUCUAAUAAUGAAUGGAAGCUUCGCAUGGUUCCUUCUAACAUCACAUUCUCAAUCUUUUUGUUGUCUCCAAUUUCCCAUUUCUAAA